CAUAGCAUUCUAUUCUCAAUUUCCCUUACUGGAUCUCUGUCUCUCGUUCCCCCAUCGAUGCCGCCCGCCACUCUGCCUCUGCAUCGACGCCGGUCACCGGCCUCACUCCCUCGCCAUCCGCCUCUGGUCGUCUCUCUGCCUCACCGUCGUUACUCCCUUCGGCAGCACCAGUUUAUGCCAGCAACGAGGAGGAAGCCAGCAAUUCUUCCUCAACCGCCACUGCCACCCAAGAGAAAGGAGCGUACGAUGAAGAUGUGGAGGUCUCAGAUGCGCAAGCCCUUGAAUACGUCUCCCAAAUCAAAAGAGUUUUGGAGCUGCUCAAGAAGAAUAGGGAUAUGGUGUUUGGUGAGGUGUGUCAAUUAUCUCUGUCCUUCUCUUUCUGUUCCUAUUUACUAUUUCGCAAUAAAUGAUUUAGGUUCUCAAUAUACUUGACUGUGCAAUUGUUAAACUUAAUCACCUACCAAAUUGUCUUAUACUUAAAUUUGGCUAGUCACUGCAAUUUGAGUUCUAAUGCAAAGUAAAUUAGAGUAUGGUUAAUUUGAAGAGUUCAUUUUUUGGUGCAAAUUGUCUUCCUACAUCAACUCACAAUCGUCACCGUUGGCCCUUGUAUUUGAUGUCCAUUUCUCUAAAAUGUGUCACAGGUUUGAACCUGAUAUGCUGGCAUUUUCUGGAUGCUACUAUGGUGGGGGAG